AUGCUGGCGCUGCGCUCGGCCGGACGCCUCUCGCCGCUCUUGCGGGCGCAGGGAGGGCCGGGCACCGCCGCCUCCCGGGCUGGCAGCGCUUGCCGGGCUUGCAGCAGCAGCAGCAGCGGCGGCGCCGGGCGGAACCCGCGGGUCUUCCUGGAGGUGGGCGCCGACAACCAGCCGCUGGGCCGCCUGGUGCUGGAGCUAAAAGCUGAUGUGGUGCCAAAGACAGCAGAAAACUUCAGAGCCUUAUGCACGGGAGAAAAGGGAUUUGGCUACAGAGGAUCCACCUUCCAUCGAGUGAUACCUUCCUUCAUGUGCCAGGCUGGUGACUUUACUAAUCACAACGGCACGGGAGGAAAAUCUAUAUAUGGCAGUCGCUUUCCGGAUGAAAAUUUCAUUCUUAAACAUGUUGGACCUGGUGUCCUCUCAAUGGCCAACGCCGGUCCCAAUACGAACGGAUCUCAGUUCUUCAUUUGCACGGCCAAAACCGAUUGGCUGGAUGGAAAGCACGUUGUGUUUGGCCAUGUCAAGGAAGGAAUGGACGUUGUGAAAAAAAUCGAAAGCUUUGGAUCGAAGAGCGGAAAAACUUCAAAGAAGAUCGUCAUUACCGACUGUGGCCAGCUGUGAUCAUUCAACCUUUGACCUCGAAACGUCUUCUCUGAAGAAUUAGAGAUGCAAAAAUAAAAUUAAAAAAAAAAUCCCUCAAACUAUCUACUUAGAAAUUUCUCAGAGACCACAGAAGAAUCCAUGAAGAAUUCCACUUUUCCUUUGAACCACCUUGCACUCUUUUAAUUUCAAUACCCUCGUGUCCCUUUUU